AUGAGUGGAUCGGCAGGGAAGGAUUUUUCUCAUUCUUUGCAAAUCCACCUCAAACAAGCCUUGUUUUAUUCAUUGUAUGGAAGAGUUUCGGAAUUGGAAGGUGGAAAUUAUGAAAACAAAAAACGAGGAAAUUCAAUGGAAAAGAUUGGAAAGAGGCUUUUGAAGGAAUACGAGACAAUUAUUGAGUGGAUGGAAAAUGAUGGAAGGGAAAAUUCAUCAUCGUUGAAUGAAUGUAAAUGUCUGUUUAUGGAUUGGAAUUUAUUGAAGAGGAGGUUUAAUUAUUUAAAAUUCAAGUUUUAUGCUUCGUUUGUGGAGAGGACACGAAAAUUAGAUUCAAUGAUGAAGUGGUUUGCUAAAUUUACGAGAAUGAUAGUGUUUCCGAUUAGAAUGCUGAGGAGAUUGAUAUUCUCAUCGAUGAAAAUUCAUAUCAAUUCCGAGUUGAAAUCAUUGAUAAUUGUUCCGAGAGAAAAGCUGUCGUGGAUUGUGUUAUUUUCAGAUAGAGUCUUGUCGAGUCAUUCCAGUAUUGCUCAAUUAUUUACUUGUUGGAAGCAUGUAAAGGCAGAAAUUGAACGAGUGAAAAAAUUGAGGUAUGGAACGAUUGUGGAGAGAUUACAGCUCUAUUUGGUAUUUAGAAAAUUGAGUUUAAGACUGGAGCAACAAUCGCGUCAUCACUCUUCACAUACUCGAUUUUUACUAGAUUUUGGUUUGAAAGGAUUGGAAAAAUUCGAGCAUGAUGUUCACCAUUUGAAAAAGCAACCACUCUCUCCUUCUAUUGAUAGCUUUGUGCACUUGGCCAAAGUUUACAAUCCCAUCGAGAAUGAAGAGUAUUCUGGUAUACUCACUUUCGAAAUGCUAGAUAAUUUAUUGGGACAUGUUGGUGUAAAAUCAACAUUUAUGGAAAAAAGCGAGGAUAUAACAAUGAUAUUUUCCAGAAUAUUGGAUUCAAUGGAAGUAAUUUCAAAUAAGUGUAUUAGGAAUUUACUAUCAAAAGUCAAAGUAAAUGGAAAGAUAGAAAGGAAUCAACAUGUCUCAAAAUCUCACCUCUACAAAUCGUUCAAUGUUUGGAAGUCCAUGUUUUCAAAAACAGACAACUCUAAAAUCUAUCCCUACUGGGAAGAAAUUGAGGAAUUUAUGGAUACGUUCAUACAUAUGAAAGGAAGCACAAUCAUAAGCUUUUUCAUGUAUCUUUUCAAUGUGAAGACCCUUAUAGAAUUUAUAACUUGUAAACUUCGAGGAACAUUUGUAAAUGUAAAUAUUAAUCAAUCUGUAGAGAGCACACUACACCAAGCAAGUGACAUGUUGAUGAAUUUGGAAUCAGGACUCAAUGAGGAAUAUUCUGUAUUUUCCUUUUCAUAUUUGAGACAAAGUAUUGGAGAGAUUUGUAAUUUUGAAGAAUUAUUGGAAGAAAUAGAUUCCAAUAGAAAGAAACAUGCUCUUCAAAAUUUUAUUAUUGUAAGUGCUUUAAGUUAUUAA